AUGACUGCCGAACUUAAAGAUCUCAUCAGUCGUCGGGGUGUUAUGAAAAGGCAAAUCAUUUCUUUUCAAAAAUUCUUUGACAGCGGCAUCAUCACAGAUGCAUCAACAAAUAUGGAACUAAGCAUGCGAACCACGAGACUUGAAGCUUCUUACGAGGACUUCCUUGCUGGUCCAACCCAGAUAGAGUUAUUGGAUUCCCGUGAAGAGCAGCUGGCAGAACGCUCAGCUGUAGAAACAGCCUACUACGCAGCAAUAUCACCGGCUAUGGUUCUUCUUGAGGCAGCUCAAACAAAUCUAAGGAGAGCAAGCCAAACCUCGAGCAUCCAAAGAGCAGCUGAGUAUAUAAGACUGCCCAACACUGAAUCAGCCGUCAGACUACCGCCAAUCUCAUUGCCGGAAUUUGAUGGUGACUACAAAAAGUGGCACAAGGACCUCUCGGACAUUCAGAAAUUGCACUAUCUCAAAUCCUCGUUGCGAAAUGAAGCGGCACAAGUCAUCGAAUCGUUGGAGACAACAGCUGCGAACUAUUUACCCAACUGGAAGCAGCUCCGUGAGCGAUAUGACAACUAUCGUAAAAUGGUCGGAGGGCACCAUCCACGCACUAUGCAGCAUGCCAUCAAUAACGAAGGUUUUAUCAGCCAUUUUGAGAAGUCACCAGAACGGUAUAAAUAG